AAUGCUCAUUAAAUAUGGCGGCGAUCUAGAAAGUGUGGACUGAAAUGACAUUGUUUCGAGAAAUGUUUCUAUGAUAUUAUGGUCAUUUGGAAACAUUUUGAUUGAAUCAUACACAUAUUUGAAGGAGUUCCCAGGCUCGACUUUGCUGACCGGCAGAUCUGCAUACAGAGGACAGUGACCAUGGCUCAAGGCCGACCAAUCAAGUGUGUGGUGGUGGGGGACGGGACCGUGGGCAAGACGUGCAUGCUCAUCUCGUACACCACCGACAGCUUCCCCGGGGAAUAUGUUCCCACAGUAUUUGACAACUACACGGCCAAUAUGAUGGUUGACAGUGUUCCAGUGAGCUUGGGAUUGUGGGAUACAGCAGGACAGGAAGACUACGACAGGCUCCGGCCUCUCUCCUACCCACAGACCGAUGUGUUCCUGAUAUGCUUUAGUGUUGUGAGUCCCUCUUCCUUUGAAAAUGUCACAACAAAAUGGAAUCCCGAGAUCAAGCACCACUGUCCUGAUGCCCCCGUUAUACUUGUUGGUACAAAAAUAGAUUUAAGAGAAAAUAAAGAAACGAUCGGCCAAUUAGUUGCUCAGGGUCUUGCGCCCAUCAAGCGAGAACAAGGGAUGAAGUUAGUCAACAAAGUGAGAGCAGUCAAAUACAUGGAGUGCUCGGCACUCACGCAGAGAGGACUCAAGCAGGUAUUUGACGAGGCUGUGCGAGCAGUGUUGCAGCCCCAACCCGUGAGGAAACGAAACCAUAAGUGUACAUUACUGUGAUGGCCGACGCAAGAACGACGCAACUAAAUAUGUAAAACCCAUUUUACUACAAACUUUUGCCAAACCGACCCAUCAGUUUUCUGAUGAGGAAGACUGGUGUGUUUUGUACUACAAGAAAGCCAUCGCUGUUCAGCAUUUGUAAGUGCUGAGUGAGGCUUUACCAUUCUUUUCCUAGGUAUUUCUGUUGAUAUUUAGUUGUAUGGCAUCUUAUGUUACUAAAACAUAUAACAGCAGUGCACUUCCUCCAUCUCGUGGAGUAUGGCAGUAUCAGGCUGGCAGUAUUGCGUGUUGGAGAACAUGUUUAGUUGAUUUGGUAACUCUUUUGUACAGGCUGUAGUAUGCAAUUUUAAGUAUUUGUUUUGUAAGAUUUUAUUAUUUUUGCAUGCCAAUGUUCCAAUAUAGUGCUGGAAUGUCUGUGUAUAUGAGGAUCUUGUUUGUUCUGGAAUUGUUAUACAGUUCUGUUACCAUGGUUACUUGUGUGUAUCUAAGUCAGAAUGUACUGGGCUGUUUUUGUUGAGUAGGUGUAGGGCCAUGAAUACAAACCCUGUAACAGCAAUGGCUGUAACGAUUCACUGAAAUUUCAAUGCAAAUGUGCCAGGAGAGGCAGGGUUUGUAAUAUACAUCAGUCUGUAAGGACAAGCUUGGUACAAGUCUGAAAAGACAUAUCCUUGUUCACUACCACUUUUACCAGUUGGUAGAUGGCAACUUGGUAACAAAUCAUUUUUGGAGAAAAAACGAAAUCUAACCCUGAUACAAGUAUCGUAUUGUAUUGUAAGGUCAUGCACAAAUAUUGUAUUGAUACAAGAGCAAGAUACACAGGGCCUUGUUAUUUGGUGUGAAAAUGAAUUCUAAAACAAUAUUUGCUGGUAUAUGCACACUGAUAGGUUGACUCAAGUGUACAAGAUGUUUGGAGUCAUUUUGGAUCUUAGUAAUUUGCAGUCAAUGAAUAGGGUUCCUUUGGAGUGACCAUUUUAUAAGUUGGUUUUUGGAUUCCACGAAACCUAAAAAUAAUAUUCAGCAGCAAAUGUCUGUAAAAAAUUCCAAAGUGUAAUUAAACAUUUCCCCAUUCAUGCUGUUAUAAUUAUGACUAGUGUUAUGGCUUUGUAAGGUGACUUGCUUUUCACAGAUAACAGGACCACUAUAGAGGAAGAAGUUUCAGUGCUUAGUUUCACAUUAUUGCCCUAAAAUCCCAAUUCACAAUUUGCUGAGAGCAAUCAGUUUGGAAUCCUAGAUAAGUCCCUGUGUCAAGUUGUCAUGUAUCACACAUUAUCAUGCCAUGACCUCCCUGACUACCUGUGUACAUAUGCCAUUGUGACAACAUGAAUCCUUGCAGCACUAAUCCUGGGCCCACGUGCACAAGGCAAUCUUAGGCUAAAGUGCUGUAGAUCUAAGCAUGGACCCCUGAAUCUAGGGACUCCCUGAUUCUGGGACUCCCUGAAUCUAGAGACUCCCUGAAUCUAUGGACUCUCUGGAUCUAGGGACUCCCUGAAUUUAUGGACUUGCUGAAUCUAGGGACUCCCUGAAUCUGGGACUCCCUGAAUCUAGGGACUCUCUGAAUCUAGAGACUCUCUGAAUCUAGGAACCCCCUUAAUCUAGAGACCCACUUAAUCUAGAGACCUUCUUAAUCUAGGGACCCCCUUGAUCUUAACAUAAUGGUUGAAGCAAGGACCCGUUGACUUCAUUCUAGAUAUCAAAGACUGAUAAGGAGUGAACAACUACAAAAGUCUUAGUACUAAGAUCGUUUUGAGUGACUUGGCACAUCCCUGUGAUGCAACUUUUAUGCAUCAUGUUUACAGGUUUGGGAUCAGAGUAUUUCUCUAUGAUUUGUGAUAGGCUUAGGGGGCAUAAAGAGACACACAAUUGAAGCUGCCUUUUAUAUGUGCUCCAGUUUAGCAUUGGGUAAUGAUAAUGAGGCACCUGAAUGAAGGGACUGGUGUCCAGCUCUGUGCCAGGUUUGGCUGAGGUUAAGCUGUACUUCAAUUCCACAAUAAACAUCUUCGCUCCUGCUGUGGACAUAUCAUAAUGUAUAUGUUAAUGUCAGAUGUAAGUUCUGUGCAUACGGCUCUAGUAGCUCUGUGACUGUCAAAUGGAAACAUUUGAGACAUAUGUAAUUUAUUGUAGACUUUACUUUCAUCAUUAAGACCAAAUGUUCUCAAUUGAAUAUGAACAGUUGCCAUGGAAAUGAUAGCCAUGUACAGUGGCCAUACUUGGUGAUGUGUAGCCAAUGAUAAUGCGGUUUUGAACACUGAUUCCUUCAUGGAGAACAUUUUAUUGAAUUGUUAACCUGUACACAAGGAAUAUGUCUCUUACCUUGUAUUUCAAAUGUUUUGUUUAUUAAAUAUGAAUAUUAUAUCUGAGUUUAACCCUUAUUUUAUUGAAAGUUAAGAUUUAAUUGUCUCAGUUAUAUGUUCUUAAUGCUUUAAUGGCAUUGUUGUAUUACACAACAUAUUUAGAAGAAUUAUUUUUUUAGACUUUCUGGGUUUUCUUUCUGAUUUUUCAGCCCAACAAUAAGGUAAUGAAUGGAUUGUAUUGACAAAUAUGUUUCAAAUGUUAAAACCAGUUGUAUUCUCUGGAAGGCUUUGCACAUAGAAAGUUACAAAGAUUAAAAUGGUGGCAUCCCACUGGUAUUCUUGCACUGACCUAGCUGGAGAUUGGGCUGUGUGACAUCACACGUGGAGCUGUGGCAGUAUUCUAUGUACUAAUCAGUGUUUAAUCAGUGGUGAUAAGUAUAGAACAUAUUUAUCAACAUUCGGACAGGUUAUUUCUGUUGUGAGACCGGAUGGGCUUUUUGACCUGCUUACCUAUCUGAUAAUCAUGACUUUAGAACCACUUGGUUUGAUUUUUUAGCCAGAAUGUAAAGGUGUAGUCUUUAUUCUAGGUACUGGUCCUAUAUUACACACAGCAUUAAGCAAACAAGCAGUGCUUUUUGGAAAUUCUCUCCUAUAAAUCCAUGUAUAGUUUCGCCAUUGUUGAAACAGUGUAAUUACGGUGAGCCCAACAGAAGUAUCAUAGGCUUCAAAUGUGAUCAUGGAAAUAUGAUUUUCUCAAUAUUUUAUUCCUCACUUGCAGUCAAGGGAAGCAACUCUUGAUGUAUGCACAGUAAAAGGAAGCAACUCUUGAUGUAUACAGUAUCAAGGGAAGCAACUCUUGACGUAUACAGUGUCAAGGGAAGCAACUCUUGAUCUAGGGAAGCAACGCACGGUGUAUAUGCAGUCAAGGGCAGCAUAUCGUGGUAAAUAGCAGUCAAGGGCAGCAACUCUUGACAUACUGCAGUACGAGGGAAGCAACUCAAAAUUGGCAGCAUUCUGCUCGUCAUGUAUAGCUUUAUGCAAUUGUAUUGGAUGCUUAUGAAUCUUUGUUAUUUGUGCAUUUCUUCCUGGUUUAAAAUACAUGUUUACUUAUCAUGUAAUUUCUGAGUGACUUGACAUAAGGCUUUGGUCAUACUACAAGUACAUUUUGUAUCAAGGACAUAAAGAAUAAUGUAUUUUGACAUCGUAGGUUAUAUUUUGUUUGGGUGGCUAGUAGACUGGUGUACUAGUACACUCACAGUAUACAUUAGCAAACAAUGUUUUAAGCUGUAUGACAGUAUUCAUAAUUCUUCACACUGUUUUAGAUUUUCAUCUGUAUGGACUGUAAACCCUCAAACUGUGCUUGCAACGGUUCAUGAUGUAUCAACUUUGGUGCAUUAUUAUCAUGAUUAUUAGUAUUGUGUCAUGACUAGAUCUACGCAUUAUUAUUACAACCCUAGUAUAGAAUGUUUCUCAGUAUUUAGACGCAAAACAAUUACAUUUGAUCAUGUACAGAACAAAAUAUCUUCUACAAUCUACAGUCAUCUGAUGAGUCUCAAUAUUUAUUUAUGAUUUCCAAAAAUUAAUCUUUCUUUACUUUUAAUCCCAAACAAUUCUACUUGUGUAUCUAGUACAAGGAAGCAGCUUAACCUGAACCAUUUACUUGCCUAAUUUCUUAUGCUUACUUCAGACUCUUCUGUCAGAUUGCUUCCUGAAUUAUGUUUUACUAUACCGGUAGACCUUGAGACAAAGUAUUGUAGUCAUGUCACACAGUUAGGGAGUGACGGUUAUCAAACAGUUGGCGAUGGCCACAGUUGUGUCACAGAAACCAGCUUGGUGCUCGCUGCAUCCGAUGACAGCUUUAAACCCAGUCCCAUUGCUCCUUCUUGUUGUAUUAUUUGCAUAAUACUCUGUUUUGCUUUUGCUCGUCUAGUCAUUUAUUUUUGUUUUGUGCCAAUAUUUUGUGCAAUUUGUUUUUAUUUGUCUUUGGUGCUUUUCCUCGGUACUUGUCUCCUUUUAGUUUGUUCGGAUCAAUUAUUUAUAUAUUUGAGACCUUGUGUUUCAUCAUAUUAAGGAUAUGUGUCGUGAUCAGUUGAUGCUCAUGAUUUCAAUCUCUGGAUUGUCUGGUCCAGACUAGAAUAUUUGCAGAUUGCCAUCAUAUAGCUGGAAUAUUGCUGAGUGCAGCGUUAAACAACAAACAAACAAACAAACAAACCAAUUUGGUGCCCCAGGUUGUCUCCCUUUGUUGUGCAAGGAUCUGCAGAUUGUGGGUUUGAAUCUCAGAUUUGCCCAGAUUAUGUGAUCCCCUCUUGUGGCAGGGUCAGACCUAUCACUUGCCCCCAAGCCCAGGGGUGGUACAAAUUCAUGCGUGCUAGUACAAAUUGCCCAAUUUCCCCAUUGUUUUAACAUCACAAGGGCAUGUAAUCUCUACCCAGGCUAGUAAAGCUUUUAUGUUUAGUUCUAACCCUGUGUUUCACAAAUGUGGUAAAUGAUGUUGCCAACCUGCAUGAAUUCAGUCCUUCCUCCCAUGUUUAACUUACACUACGUGUUAGGGGGCACGGGUGGCCCAGUCGUCUAAGGCGCCGCGAUUCGCUGUGCAGAGAUGCAUCCCUUGGGCACGCCAGAAACCUAUGAUUGUGGUUUCGAAUCCCGGUUCGCCUCGAUUAUGUUUCU